ACAGAACAUUGAGGGAUGGCGAGCGCAAGCAACCCAUCGGAUCCACUGCAAACCCUCCGGGCAGCAUUAACCGCCGAGGCAAAUUCAAAAGAGCAGGCAGAUAUACUUGCUGCGCUUCGCGAGUCGCUUGAACUACGACCAGCACCCAUAACCGUGCUUGCUGAAGUUCUCAUCCGCUUCGUCGUGGAUGGAGGGGACUCUCUGCUCAAGACAUGGGUCUUGGACCUUUUGCAGUUUGCGCUGUGCCGCGCACAACUCACUCUCGAGCAGCGUACCCAAUUGGCGUCCCAGACACUCGAUACUCUCGCUCAACUCCUCGAUGACCGUAAUCCACUUGUUGUUAAAGUCGUGGUCUCCUGCCUCACUGCCAUUUACCCGUUGCUUUUCCGCUCAUUAUGCGCCAACACAACCAAUUCUGUGCCAUGGAACACCCUACUUUCGUGCAAAGCGCGUGUCAUUGACCUUGUCUGGAACCCGACCACCGUCACUGGAGUACGCCUCUCGGCCCUCAAGUUCGUGCAACGCGUGAUCUUGGUCCAAACUCGCGGUGUUUCCGAUCCACGGCUGCAAAAUAAAAGCGACCCAAACAUCUCGAUGUGUCCACCCGGACAUCCGUUCAUAUUCGCCUCCAAACUCGAAACAGAAGGGCAGCAGCUGUUAGAGGGUGUCGUUGGAUUGCUCUACUCGAGCGAUAAUCCAGACGCACUAACCGCUGUCUUCAACAGCUGGUCCAACUUGUGCAAACUACGACCGAAUUUACUCCUUUCUCACGUCAUACCGGCUCUUCUUGAAUGGACUCCCCAAUCCUCUUCCAUUCGUGGGUCGUCCUUGUCCGCGAUUCGGAGUGUUGAGAAAGCGUUGCGCUGUUUUCUGAACUUUGCGCGAAACUUCGCUCCCUCUCAAGAUGUCACUAGUAGAAUCCAUGAUAUAAUGAGUCGACAAGCAGCCCGCUUGAGCGAGCAAAAGCUAGCUGGCAGGAAACGGCCUAACCCGGUUUCUGCUGAACCCCCAAGCGAUGUUAAGCGAAUGAAAACAGAAUCAGACGCUGUUUCUGCAACUUUCCUCGCGGGUUUCGACUUCACGACAUUACCCGCCGCAUUGAUUACGAAUCUGAUUGUCGCCAAUAUCGAGGCCUUUUCCGAAGCCGAUCUUAUGGAACUCGUGCAGUCAUUUCGAAGGAGUCGUGGUAUCGCAGAUGCUCCGCAACCGGUAGCUUCAACAUCAAAGUCUGUGCCACCGUCAGCGGAUGUGGCCCCACGAACAUCCACCCCGGAGACACACCCAUCGACUCUUGCACCUGUCGUCGUCAAGGAUGAGCCCAUAGAUCCGCUUAAAAUGGACAUUGAUGAAGAUGAGUUGGAGUACGAGCCCGACAAACUCAACGACGAACUCGGGGACGACGAUUCAAAACUGACAGGCCUUGGGUCGGAUAGCAAGGGUUUGGCGCUAGCAAGCCAUCUGAACCCUUCCAGCUUCCAACUGCCUCCUCCGAAGGAUCCAUCGUCGACUGAACGGACCGCUCUGAUCGACACAGCUUUGACUCGAAUAUGCGAAGCGCCUCUAGACAUGGGAGAAGCCCUCCCCCCUGAUUCUCAGCAGGCCGGUGGACACAGUCCCAGCGAAAUGUGGAUGUUGCUCGUAAUCAGAUUAGUCACCCGGCCUGUCAAUCCUCCUCUGGAGGACGAGGAAUCGGCUGAUCAGGCCGCGAGCGUCGUCAGCCUCACUGUGAGCCAAGAUCGCUUGCGACAAAAGCUUUGUGAUUACAUCAUGACGGAUUUUCCCGCGCGGAUCCGGCUGGCAACUGCCUGGAUGAACGAAGAAUGGUAUAAUGACCGCAUCCAGUCUCAAGCAGACCCAGAUUGGCGACCCAACUACGAUACGUGGCUGAGCCGGAUUGUAGCCUCUUACCAAACACGUCUCGACAAGACCUUCUCACGCUUUCUGCUUGAUCUGCCCACUGUCCCUGAGGAUGUGCUGGACCUGUUGCGUGAGUUGUGCGGCGAUGGGACUAGCCUUGAGAAGAUGCAGGUCGGCUUUGUAACCCUCCGCGGGCUUGUCACGCAGCGACCGUCGAUGCGAGACGACGCGUUGCAAAUCUUGCUCGAACUGACGACCCAUCCAGAUAAAAAGAUCCGCGGUGCUGCCAUUAACACAGUGAAAAUCUGGGUGCCAAAUGUACAGCCCAUGGACGGUCGGGUCCGCCUGUUUGCCAGACAGGUCCUCCGCAAACUCCGCUCAGUUACUCCUGCAGAAGGCGACACCCAGGAUGAGCGAAUGGAAGAUGGCCGGCUGGCCGGCGAAGGUCUUGUCGAGACACCCUAUCUUCCGGAACGUAUCGAGCUGCCGGCUCGGGAGUCACAGGUUCUCCAACACCUCGAGCUGUUGUUCGCUCUUUCCGUCAAAGUGCCCGAGCUACUCGACGAGAUUUUUACCGAAUACUGUCGCAUGGACGUCACUGUGCAGCAAGCUGUGCAGAAGCUGAGCACGCCCCUCAUCCGUUCUUUAGGUUCAAGCCACGGCAAACUUCUCACGCUGCUCAGAACGUUCCCUCCUGGUGCCGAAUCUCUAGCAUUGCGUGUUCUCAACAUCUUCACCGAAAGCGGUCGACCGAGCGCCCAACUCGUUGCUCUUGUCAAAGGUCUCAUCCAAGACCGAGACCUCGAUGCGCACUUCCUUGUGCCCAUCAUCGGAGAAAUGGACAAGGCGGAUAUCAUCAAGCAUCUGCCAAAGAUUGUGUCGAUUCUCAACGGAGAAGCCGAGUCCAAGACCCUUGUUCGAUCGGUCUUUAGCUCCAUUGUCGUCGCUCCUCCACAGUCGUUCGCCAGUGUUACAUCCAAUCUUCCUCGAUUGAGAUCAAGUGAAUUACUCGGACCCGCAGAGCUUAUGGUCCUCCUUCACGACUCGGAGAAAGAAAUCGGCCUUCAAGUCGCCAAAGAAGCCAUCAGCGUGUGCUUUUCGAUGACGGAGAUCUUCCGCUCCGAUGUGUUGGCCGUAGUCAUGCAACAGAUUGUAGACGAGCCGGUCAUCCCAGUGCUUUUCUUGCGAACGGCACGUCCUUUCUCCGGUGCUCCAACUACCGCUGACCACAUUUGGCAGGUCAUCCAAGCUGUCACAACAUACAAGUCUCUCGUCCCUUUUGUGUCCACGACAUUGUUUUCGCGUCUUAUCACCAAGAAAAUCUGGACCAACCCCCGCCUGUGGGAAGGUUUCAUCUGGUGUGCCAAAGUCAUCGCCCCUGCCAGUUUUGGCGCCCUACUUCACCUACCCAAAGAUCAGUUGCGAGAAUUGGUUGAUAAACAACCGAAUCUCAAGUCUGGCCUCCGCAAUUUCGUGACGAAGAAGAGCGCAAAUAAGGCUAAGGUCGCCGAUAUUCUCAAAAUUUUGGGGGAACCUGUGGAUUUGGAGCCGACGACCACCGAAACAGUUGAGGUUCCACAGAGUGCGGCUUGA